UUUUUUGCCCAAUCCUAAAUAGUGACAUAAAAAUCAAAUAGCAUCAUAUUUUUUUUUUUUAAAUAUACCCGCACGGACGUGCGGGUCAAAAUCUAGUAUUUACUUAAAGUAUCUCCAAUGGUGCUUCAUUUGCUACUUUUUGCUUCAUUUUUUACUCCAUUGAUACUUCAUUUUUUUUUCAUUUCUUCAUUUUUUGAAGAAUUGAACAGUAUUUUUUUCAAAUUUGAAGAAAUACUAUUCACUUCUUCAUUUUUUGAAGUUAUAUUUUUAAUUACAGAUUGAUCCUUUAACUUGUUCUUAGUUUUUACUUAAAUAAACUAUAAGAACUAAUAUUUCCAACUUAAUUUUAAAGUUUUUAUAUUAUUUUUUUUAUUCAAUUCACUUAAAAUAUUAAAUAUACUAAAAACAUAUUUUUCCUUUUUUACUAAUAUUUUAGAUGAAACACAAUUACAUAAAUAAUAUAAAAACUGAAAUACAUGAUAAACACCAAACUAAAUAUAUAAAAAAACUUAGUACAUCAUAAACUAACACUUAAUAAUCUGGUAAACCACUUCCAGAUCCACUAAGAUUAUUAAAACAUUGUCCAAAUGAAGUUGCUGCUUUAGAAGGCUGUUGAACAUGUUGGAGUUCAAAUCACGAAAUAAAAUUUUAUUCCUUUCUUUAAAUUUCUUCAAAGCAUAAUCCUUAUAGUGUUCUUGUGUUAUUUAUUUGUUAUGUGUACUAAUUAUAUUAUAUGAUAAUGUUUAUUUUAUAUUAAUUAGAAAUUGUGGUGAGCUAUUGUUAAAAUAAAAUAAUUGGGUAAAAUUAAUAAAUUAGCAAAAGUAAAAGGUGUUAUUGAUAAAUAAUGAUAAAACUGGAAAAAAUUUUUGGAAUAUUCUUUUUUGAAAAAAAAAUUCAUUGGAAAACAUACUUUUUCAUUUUUUUUAAGAACUUCAUAUUUUGAAGAAAAAAAAUGAAAUUUACCAUUGGAGAUGUUAUUUUUUUUUUUUGAAUUGAAAAUGUUAUUACCAUUUAAUAAUGUGAAAAGAAAGAAAGAAAACUCAAAAAGGAAGGUAAUUAACUGUACAUUUGCUCAAUAAAAGUUGUCUUGACUUCCCUUUCUUCAACGCCUUUUUUUUUUUUUUUUUUUUUUUGCUAAGAAUGUUAAUAUCAUUAACUAGUAAUGAAAGAGAUUACAAGUUGUGAAACCUGAACCAAAGAGCUUCGAGAAGCUAGUUUAGUUUUACAAGCCGCAAAAAAAAUUAAAAAAGCUUGUAGAACAUGAUAGGACUAAUCUAGUAAACUAGAUUAAUUCUUCAACGCCUUAACAAGAUAGUUUCUUUCCUCAUUAUUUUCUUCUUCUUCAUCUUCUUUAACAAAAUGUCAGACUCUCAAACUAUGGCCAGCGAAUCAAGAACCAGUUGGGUUCUCCCUUACAAGACCAAGAACUUGAAAGACGAUUACGUUCUUGAUCGUGUGCUCGGACAAGGACAGUUUGGAACCACUUUCCUCUGUACUCAUAGCGAGACGGGUCAAAAGCUUGCCUGCAAAUCUAUACCCAAAAGGAAGCUUCUUUGUCAAGAAGAUUGCGAUGACGUUUUGAGGGAGAUCCAGAUAAUGCAUCACUUGUCUGAAUACCCCAACGUUGUCCGGAUACAAAGCACGUACGAGGAUGCCAACGACGUGCACCUUGUGAUGGAGCUUUGCGAAGGUGGUGAGUUGUUUGAUAGAAUCGAGAAGAAAGGUCAUUAUAGUGAGAGAGAAGCAGCUAAGCUCAUCAAGGCCAUUGUGGCGGUCGUGGAGGCUUGUCACUCUCUUGGUGUUAUGCAUAGAGAUCUUAAGCCUGAGAACUUCUUGUUCUCUUCUGAUGAUGAAGAUGCUUCGCUUAAAUCUACCGACUUUGGCCUCUCUGUUUUCUGCAAACCAGGUGCAACGUUUACACAACUUGUUGGAAGUGCAUACUAUGUGGCACCUGAGGUUUUACAUAGGCAUUACGGCCGUGAAUGUGACGUAUGGAGUGCUGGAGUUAUCCUCUACAUUAUGUUAUGUGGUUUUGCUCCUUUUGAUGCUGGAACUCAAUAUGGGAUCUUCAGAAAGAUUUUACAGGGUAAGCUGGACUUUGAGACCAGUCCUUGGCCUAGCAUUUCCGAGAGUGCCAAGGACCUUAUAAAGAAAAUGCUUGAGAGCAAUCCAAAGAAAAGGCUAACUGCUCAUCAAGUCUUGUGUCACCCUUGGAUUGUGGAUGAUACUGUUGCUCCAGAUAAACCACUGGACUUCGCAGUAGUGUCUCGCCUGAAAAGGUUCUCUGCAAUGAACAAACUUAAGAAGAUGGCUUUACGUAUAGUUGCAGAGAGACUAUCUGAGGAAGAAAUCGGUGGGCUCAAAGAACUGUUCAAGAUGAUAGACACAGACAACAGUGGGACCAUCACGUUUGAAGAGUUGAAAGAUAGUAUCAGACGUGUUGGGUCAGAGCUUGUGGAAUCAGAGAUCCAAGAACUCCUGCAAGCAGCUGAUGUUGAUGAAAGUGGAACAAUUGACUAUGGAGAGUUUUUGGCUGCAACAAUCCACUUGAACAAGCUGGAGAGAGAGGAGAAUCUAGUGGCUGCAUUCUCUUUCUUUGACAAAGAUGCAAGUGGUUGCAUCACUAUUGAUGAACUCCAACAGGCUUGGAAUCAGUUUGGUAUAAAGGAUCCACAUCUUGAUGAAAUGAUCAAUGACAUUGAUCAAGACAAUGACGGACAGAUAGACUAUGGAGAGUUUGUGGCAAUGAUGAGGAAAGGCAAUGGCAAUGUUGGAAUCAGCAGGAGAACAAUGAGGAACACUCUCAGCUUUGAGAAUCCUCCUCCUCAAGAGUCAAAUGAAUGACUUAAACUUUUUAUUUUACCGAAAUUUUCUUGAUAGAACUUGCUGUUUCUGUUUAAUUCCAACUCUGACUAGUGUAAUUGGAAUUAAGCUCUUACCAAUUAUCAAACUUUGAUCUUACCAUGGGAAAUGACAGAGUACAAUGUAACCUUAUCAAGUGCUAGGAGAAACACAUAAAGAAUUGCUUAAUGAUGCAGAAGAUGAACAAAGCUCUCUAGAAGACAACAGUGUCAAGCGUGGUGCCUAGUGAGGGACAAAGCUCUCUAGCAGUUACUUAACAAAAUUAUUGAAAGGCAUUUUAUUUAGUAAGGUAACUUGGAAGAAGUAGUAGAUGGUUGUAAAAUGUAAACAACAUGAGUGAGAAUCACAAUGUCGUGUUAAAGAAAAAAAUAUUCGACGCAAACAACUAGUAAUAACAUUGUUAGAGGAUAUAAAGAUGAGAUGCGGUGUGUCUAGUAACAUGCAUAAGAUUAAUCCAGGAGAUGCAUGAUACAUGACUAAUCAGAUUAAUAGCAACGGCCAAUUGUUACAGCCAAGCAAAAACGAGUCUUAUAAAUGUCAGCCGCCGAAUAAAUGGAUCAAUGUAAUUAAUGAAAGUCAUGCUAUAUGUAGAUCUAUUCAGUGCUAAAAUGACAUGAAAUAUAUCGAAAUGGCAUAAGCGAACAAGUUCAGUACUAUUCUGAGAUGACAUGACCACGAGUCCAUGACCACUUAGAUUUUCUCUUAUGUUAGAAUCAGAUUUUCAUCAUGAAAAAUUUUCUUUUUAACAUUUUCACCAAUAAAUAGAGUAUAUAAUUUAUACUUCUAAAAUCUUAAUUUUUCCUCUUCUAUUUCGCUAAUAAGCUUCUCUAAUUUUAGUUUCAUUCCCGUAGAGGAGUGUACGAUGACUGUUUCCGUACCUCCUUUUUAUUCUCUUUUAUCAACAAAAAAAUCUAACGAACAUGAUCUAUACACAGGAUUAGUUUCCUAAGUUUUUGUCUAAAUGUUAUCCACAAAUCCUCCUUUUGCGAUAAAAGUUAAGCAACAUACUCUCUUUUAAUUUAGAAAACUAAAACGAAAAUUCCUCUUUUGAUUAUCUUUCCUAAGUGUUCGCCUGAUGCACAUUAUUUAAAGUAUUUAUUUCUCAAUCAGUUCAUAUAAUUUGAGAGUUCACUUGAGUUUUUGAAAUGAUAACAAGUUAUAUUUAAGGGAAACUAUAAAAAAUAUCUCGUAAUUCUAUUUGCUCUUAUCAAAUUUAAAACAUAAUAAAGUUUCUUUUAUAAGAAAAAUCAAUAAUGAAGUCAUGACUUAUAACAAUUUUGUGAAAUGAUAAUUCAGUCUGAAAUAAAAUAUCCUAGUCAAUCAGUGAAAAUAACAAGAUAAACUUAACCAGUGGCAAAACAAGAAGAUAACCUAGUCAAUCCUUAAAAUCGAAAAAUCUAAAAUUAGAUUUGAAGCUUAAUUGUUGGUUUUUAUAAAAA